AUGUCCUCAUCCAACUGCACGGCUUCAGUCGGACCGCUGAAGCUUCCCGCUUGCGAGCGAUGCAGGACCCGCAAGGUUCGCUGUGACAACAAGCCUCCGAAAUGCUCAGGAUGUACGAAAAGCAGCGCUGCUUGUGUCAUCGUCGACCCUGUGACCAAUGAGCGCUACACCAGAGACGGCUUGCAUGGACUCGAGCAGAAGCUUCGAAAGCUGGAAGAUCUCGCCAAGGAGCAAUCAGCAGCUUCUCCAGCAAAGACUCCUUCUGAUUCAGCUCAUCAGCGAAGUGCCAAAAGUCACUUCGUUGGCGAUGGUAGUGGCCUGAAUUUCUUCAAACGCCUGUCAACGACCGCUAAAGCAUCUGUGCCACAUCCAGAUGAAUCCCCGACCGCUGUGCUGCGUUCGCCUUAUGGCAGCUCCACCAUUCCAGCGCACUCGCUGCCGCCAUGGGAAGUCGCACAAACACUUUUGACUCGUUUCUCGUCUCAUGUGCUUCUUCACCACCCUCUCAUGCCCCAUUACCAGGUGGACAACAUCCUACAACGAGUAUAUACACCGGUCCGUGGUGCCGCAACCGAUGAAGAUGUUUACCGUAUCUUCAUGGUAUUUGCCAUUAGCUCAGUCACCACAUACAGACGAGGGCUCACUCACGAGCAUCCAUAUGGCUACUUCCGUGCUGCAUUGCAAUACGGUACAAAGGUGAACUUGAUUGGAAGUCUCUCCGGCGUUCAGAACCUGCUCCUGAUCGCACGCUUUGCUAUGUACUACCACAUUGAUUGCUCGAUUUGGGACAUGGCCCGACUCUGCAUGCGACAGUGCAUUGCCCUUGGUCUACACCGACCACCGGCGCGACCGAUACGGCCAAUGGAUGAACAAAUACAAAGGAAUGUCUUCUGGGAUUGCUAUGUCCACGACAGAUAUAGUUCGGGCAUACUUGGUCGUCCUUAUGCAAUAGCUGAGGAAGACAUUACCGUUCAGCUACCGGUCGAAAUCAGCGAACCCGACCUCUUAUCUGCACAAGUGUCUUCCCUCGAUGAUCCGAGCUUACAGUACUUCCCUGGCCCAAAUGAGGUAUCUGUCUUCCGCUUUGUCGUUAAGCUACGAAGGAUCACAACGAGGAUCUCAAACUGCUUUUUCAGCUCUCCUACGCAGUCUCCACAGAGUCGCAGGACCAUAGCUGAUGCCGGCCGCGUGAAAAUGGAUUUCAACCGUUUUAUGGACGAGCUCACACAAGCCAGGAAUCAAGCUCCGGUCUUCCCUGAGCCCAAAAGCCUGUACGAGCGGUCUGACUGGUACGAUUUCCUGGUUGCGAAAGACCGGCUGACACUCAUACGCGGUGCGCUGGCGCAAAUGCCAGUUGAUGGCCUCCACCCACCUCGUGGUCUACUAGAGAUGUGCCUGAGCUGUGCCGCCACCGUUGUCGACUUAUACACGACGCUGUUUUCCCGUGGUCAAAUUACCUGGACACGAUCCUACUUUCAGAUCCUCUUCACUUCUGGUUUGUCUAUCAUGUACACAAUGUCUAUCUUGAACCACGAUAAAAGUAGUCACGAUCCAGAGCAGGUCGCCACGUUUGCUCGGGCUUCGAGCGCUCUCUCUGCGGCUAGCGACGUGAUGAAGAUGUUUGUGAGCGAGAUGCCGGAUGCAGGUCGGUUUGCUGUCGUUUUCGAGGCAUUGAUGAAGCAGUACACUGACACCGGAACACGAGCACGUCCAAGUCGAGCACCAACACCGCCAGUACAAGACAAUGUUGGCCAGCAGCGUCAGCAACACGCCGCUAGCAAUGGCAACCUGACAACAGCGAUAGUCCCUUCCCAAACCUCUUCAAAAGACCAAAUUCAAGGGCACCUUGACAUCUCAGGCGCCAACGGCCAGCCGCUCCAGUCUCCACAACUACUGCCAGGUCAACCAGACUACGGAUUCGCACUUGAGCUCGGCCUGGACGACUUCCAGAAUUGGUCCCUCUUUCCGUCCAAUCCGGACCAUAUCCUUGGACAGAUGGAGGCUGGUCUAGGCGAGUAUGCCUGGGGCAUGCCUCCAAAUGACAGCCUGUUUGACCAGUGGGAGGUCUUCCGAGGGCCCAGUUGA